UAUGCCAGCAUCGUUGUAUUAAUUAAAAGAAAAGAUGAUUAAGCCUGCUUCCCUCCUCUUCAUGUUCCUUUUGAUUACCAGUUAUAGAUACCAGUCUCAUCCUCUGAUGACAGAAGCAAGACCACUCUCCAUCAUCCCUCAGCAAAAAUAUCUAAGUAGUUUCGAUACACUUGGAAUGAUAUGUAAAUGUUGUGAUCUUCCUAAGAACGAAUGCACAAGCAAAUGGAAUGGAUCUUGUUCUAAUAUCCAAUGCAUUCCUUGGAGAUUUCAUUGACGUCUUUUCAUAUUUCUCAUCCAUGUAUCAUAUAUAGAAUUUUUUUUUUGGUUUAGAAUUGCAGCUUUUUGCAUAUUGAUGUGUAGGAAGGAGAUAUCUUACUGAUUCUCACCUUCUUAUGGCUGCUACAAAAUUAGAAAUAUCAUUUAGAAGACUAACAAUAUUGUAAGUACUUGAAUAGAUGAUUAAGACCCACUUCUUGCGAGAAGGUUUUGCACC